GGCGGGUUCCGGUAUGCGGGAGAUCCGGAGGUUGUGUUUCGGUACCCGGUGCCCGUGGCGGAGAUGGCUGGCGGAGGAGGAGGAGGAGCGGACGGAGCCAUCCCGGGGGCGGGGUUGUCGCCUUUUGGGGACUUUGCGCUAAGCGCGACGCUGCUCUCGUUCAGCACGACGGUGGCGUACCUGGACGUCGACUUCGCCGUCGCUCGAAACGGGGCGCCGCUAGACGCGAAGGCGGCAAACGCGGUGAACUCGGGGAAUAAUACGGGACCUGGCACGGGCUUGGUUGCUCCCGGACGAGGGUACGGCGUUCCGCUGGCGGUGGGCAAUAUCUGGUCGAGGACGGGCAAGUGGUGCGGCGUGGUGACGGCGCACGAUAGCUGGUUGGGCUUGCAAGGGGCGAACCAUACCGGGGAGGAGAAGCUCGAGUUCGUGGCCGUGUCGAUGGCCAGCGAGAGAGGGGGCAGUCAUGUGUUUGACCUGGAUGCGUUCCGGGAUAACAUGGACGAGGACGAGAUUGUGGACUUUGUUAAUGUACUCUGGGUGGAGAGGGUUGGCGGGGUGUGUUACCGGAGAGGCCUCGGGCAUGUCGUACAGAGGGUGUGGGAUGCGGUUGCGAGAGACCGGAUCGAGGUUCUUCUUGGAUAGGAUCUCAUGGGGAAGAAGCGUGUCAAGAUAUACGGAGG